UGAGGAACAGUAGCAGAAGAGAGAAGAAAACCUCCACUCUCUCAUCAUGAAGACUGGAGGAACAAAUCCUGAUCCUUGGGAGAGGAGCCAGGGUGAGAGGCUGUCCGGGAGCUCCGCUGGAAGUCAGGGGAGGAUUAGGCUGUCUCUAGCCCACCCAGGGCUGCUGCUUCUGGGGAUAAUACUGCUGGUCCUCCUGCCCUCUGAAGAAAGUGUCAAACAAAAUGUACCCAGAGUCAAACUCAGCUACAAAGAGCUGGUCCAGGGUGGUAGUGUAUCAGUGUUCCUGAGUCCUACUGAUGGUCUCCAUUCCCACUCUGUGUUGUUGGAUGAGGAGAGAGGCAGGCUGCUGCUGGGAACCAAAGACUCAGUCUAUCUACUGGACCCUGACAACCUCAGCAGAGCUCCCAGGAAGAUCAGCUGGCCAUCCUCCAGAGACACAGUGGAGAUGUGUAAACUGGCAGGCAAGAACGCUCAAUUGGAGUGUGCCAACUUUGUGCGUGUGCUCCAUAACUUUAACCAUACCCAUGUGUAUGCCUGUGGGACAGGAGCCUUCCACCCGAUAUGUGCCUUCAUUGUGAUCUCUGGGCGCAGAGUGGAGGGUGUGUUCCAGUUGUUGUCUGGUACAGUGGAGUCCGGGAGGCUGAAAUGCCCUUACGACCCCUGGCAACCUUUCACGUCUGUCCUCACAGACCAGUUCAUGUAUGCUGGCACGGCAUCAGACUUCCUUGGUAAAGACACAACGUUCACCCGCUCCUUGGGCCCACCCCCUGACCAGCACUACAUACGUACUGACAUCUCAGAGGAGUACUGGAUCAACGAGGCCGGGUUUGUAUCAGCCCAUCCUGUGUCAGACACCUACAACCCAGACGAUGACAAGAUCUACUUCUUCUUUCGUGAGACAUCACGUGACAGCAAUGAUAAGAGUGUCCUGUCCCGCGUGGCACGCGUCUGCAAGAAUGACGUGGGAGGGUUGAGGAGUCUGACCAAUAAGUGGACAACGUUCCUCAAAGCCAGACUGGUGUGUUCCAUCCCUGGACCUGACGGAGUGGACACACACUUUGACGAGCUCCAGGACAUAUUCCUGCUCCCCACCAGAGAUGAGAAGAACCCUGUUGUGUAUGGAGUCUUCACCACCUCCAGCUCUGUGUUCCGAGGCUCGGCGGUGUGUGUGUACAGCAUGGCUGACAUACGAGCUGUAUUCAACGGACCCUAUGCUCACAAGGAAGGACCUGACCAUCGCUGGGUAGAAUAUGAGGGGAGAAUACCUUACCCUCGCCCUGGAACGUGUCCCAGUAAGACGUAUGAUCCCCGGAUAAGGACCACUAAAGACUUCUCAGAUGAGGUGGUCAGUUUCAUCCGCUUCCACCCCCUCAUGUUCCGCUCCGUCUACCCCCUGACCAGCCGACCCGUGUUCACGCGUGUACGUGUUGACUACACACUGACCCAGAUAGUGGUGGACCGCGUCAUGGCUGAGGACGGACAGUAUGAAGUCAUGUUUCUGGGGACAGAUGCUGGGUCAGUCCUGAAGGUGGUGAGCAUUACUCAGGAGAACUGGUCUACUGAGGAGCUGGUGCUGGAGGAGCUCUCGGUGUUUCAGGCUCCCACUCCCAUCCUGAGUAUGGAGAUCUCUUCUAAACAGCAACAGCUGUAUGUGGGUUCGGGGGCUGGGCUAGCCCAGGUGUCCCUGAGCAGGUGUCACCUGUAUGGUCAGGUGUGUGCAGAGUGUUGCCUUGCCAGAGAUCCUUACUGCGCCUGGGACGGACACACCUGCUCACGAUACGUCCCAGCAUCCAAGAGGAGAGCCAGAAGACAAGACAUCAAACAUGGAGACCCAUCCAGCCAGUGUUGGGACACAGAGGACACUCUGCGUGGAGGCAGGGUUGAGGAGAGGAUAAUGUUUGGGGUGGAGAAUAACUCAACCUUCCUGGAGUGUCUCCCCAAAUCACAACAGACCACCACACGCUGGUUCAUACACAGACCUGGAGCUGAACACAGAGAGGAGGUGAGGCCAGAUGACAGAGUGGUCCAUACAGGCCAAGGUCUCCUCAUUCGCUCUCUCCAUCCUGCCGAUGCCGGCAUGUACGUGUGUAUGGCACAGGAGCACACACACUUCACACACACUCUGCUCCGCCUCACGCUGCGCCUCAUUUCCUAUGGGCAUCUUGAUGGGCGGCCAAAGCCCAGCAAGGACCCCAGUGUUGAGGUUCGCCCCGGGGCAGAGUCUCGUCAGCGCUAUAAGGACUACCUGCGUGUGAUGAGUUCUCCCAUUGGCUCGCUGGAGGAGUACUGUGAUUCGCUUUGGCUGGAGAAGAGGCCGGCCAGUAGGAGAGGUGGAAGAGGGCAGGGGGUGGGGAAAUGGAAACACAUCCAGGAGCUGAAGAAAAGCAGGAACAGACGACACCACGGAGAGAGGAAUGGAGAGAGGGAUAAAGAGAUGGAUGGAGAGAGGGUAGUGAGGCAGAGGACAGGAUGAGCUGGUGAGGAUACCAAAGAGGAGUGAGAACAGCAGUCACAAAAAGUGUCAUUAGGGGAAACCAUCAAUGUUUAUAGUGGUAAAGGGGGGCCAUGGGUAAGAUGAUCAAAUAAGUAGUUAGACUUGAGGGAAAGUUAUAGGGACCACAAUACAAUCUUAGAAAAAAAAUACUAUUUUCUAUAUUUUAGAAUAAUAAUGAAGACAUCACAACUAUGAAAUAACACAUAUGGAAUCAUGUAGUAUCCAAAAAAGUGUGAACUUCUUCGGGAUCGGUAUCCCGUCCAUGGGACUGUUGAGCUAACGUAGGCUAAUGCAAUUAGCAUGAGGUUGUAAGUAACAAGAACAUUUCCCAGGACAUAAACAUAUCUGAAAUGGGUUGAAAGCUUCAAUUCUUGUUAAGGAUCCGCACCUUUAUUUUAAUUUUUGCCUAAUAAUGACAUACCCAAAUCUAACUGCCUGUAACUUCGGCCCUGAAGCAAGGAUAUGCAUAUUCUUGGUACCAUUUGAGGAAACACUUUGAAGUUUGUUGAAAUGUGAAAGGAAUGUCAGAGAAUAUAACACAAUAGAUCUGGUAAAAGAUAAUACAAAGAAAAAACCAACCAUUAUUUUGUAUUUUUUUGUUCAAUCAUCUUUGAAAUGCAAGAGAAAGGCCAUAAUGUAUUAUUCCAGCCCAGUUGCAAUUCAGAUUUUGGCCAAUAGAUCGCAGCAGUGUAUGUGCAAGGAUUUAGACUGAUCCAAUCAACCAUUGCAUUUCUGUUCAAAAUGUUGCAUCAAGACUGCCUAAAUGUGCCUAAUUUCUUUAUUCAUAUUUUUUCAUGUUCAAAACUGUGCACUCUACUCAAACAAUAGCAUGGUAUUAUUUCACUGUAAUAGCUACUGUAAAUUGGACAGUGCGGUUAGAUUUAAAAAAUCAAAAAAUAUUUUAUACUUGAGGUUCUUCAAAGUAGCCACCCUUUGCCUUGAUGACAGCUUUGCACACUCUUAGCAUUCUCUCAACCAGCUUCAUGAGGUAGUUACCUGGAAUGCAUUUCAAUUAACAGGUGUUCCCUGUUAAAAGUUAAUUUGUGGAAUUUCUUUCCUUCUUAAUGCGUUUGAGACAAUUGUGUUGUGACAAGGAAAUGUUGGUAUACAGAAGAUAGCCCUAUUUGGUAAAAUACCAAGUCCAUGUUAUGGCAAGAAUAGCUCAAACAAGCAAGGAUAAAUGACAGUCCAUUAUUACCUUAAGAAAUGAAUGUCAGUCAAUCUGGAACAUUUCAAGAACUUUUAAAGUUUCUUCAAGUGCAGUCACUAAAACCAUUGAGCGCUAUGAUGAAACUGUCUCUCAUAAGAACCGCUACAGGAAAGGAAGACCCAGAGUUACCUCUUCUGCAGAGGAUAAGUUCAUUUGAGUUACCAGCCUCAGAAAUCGGCAACUAACUGCACUUCAGAUUGCACCUCACAGAGUUCAAGUAACAGACACAUCUCAACAUCAACUGUUCAGAGGAGACUGCAUGAAUCAGGCCUUCGUGGUCGAAUUGCUGCAAAGAAACCACUACUAAAGGCCAGCAAUAAGAAGAAGAUACUUGCUUGGGCCAAGAAACACGAGCAAUGGACAUUAGACCGGUGGAAAUCUGUCCUUUGGUCUGAUAAGUCCAAAUUUGAGAUUUUUGUUCCAACCGCCGUGUCUUUGUGAGAUGCAGAGUAGGUGAACGGAUGAUCUCCGCAUGUGUGGUUCCCAAUAUGAAGCAUGGAGGAGGAGGUGUGAUGGUAUGGGGGUGCUUUGCUGGUGACAUUAUGCAGCGGUACGCCAUCCCAUCUGGUUUGCGCUUAGUGGGACUAUAAUUUGUUUUCAACAGCACAAUGACCCAGAACACACCUUCAGGCUGUGUAAAGGCUAUUUGACCAAGGAAGAGAGUGAUGGAGUGCUGCAUCAGAUGACCUGUUCUCCACAAUCACCCGACCUAAAACCAAUUGAGAUGGUUUGGGAUGAGUUGGACGGCAGAGUGAAGGAAAAGCAGCCAAUAAGUGCUCAGCAAAUGCGGGAACUCCUUCAAGACUGUAGGAAAAGCAUUCCAGGUGACUACCUCUUGAAGCUGGUUGAGAGGAUGCAAAGUGGUCAUCAAGGCAAAGGGUGGCUACUUUAAAGAAUCUAAAAUCUAAAUUUUAUUUUCAUUUGUUUAGCACUUUUUUGGUUACUACAUGAUUCCAUGUGUAUUAUUUCAUAGUUUUGAUGUCCUCACUAUUAUUAUGCCCUGUAGAAAAUAGUAAAAAUAGUCAAAACCCUUGAAUGAGUAGGUGUGUCCAAACUUUUGACUGGUACUGUACUUCCCUCGCCAUUCUGCGGGACAGCAGUGCUUGGCAAACAGGAGCGAAGAGCACCAUGUUCCAUCCCCAUUCAUUAGGGGUGACCAAUAUCACAAGUUAUUCCUCCUUCCUCCAUCAACAUAAACAUAAUUUUCUUUGACAAUUUAACUAGCGCCCUGCUGAUGUUGCCAGCCCACCAGCUCUCACGGUCUCAUUUCAGAAUUAAACGUUCAUCCAUUUUUCACAAACACAACAUUUUUUAAUUGUUCCAAUCAGAUUUCGAAGUGUUUAAGGUUAAGUUCAGGCAUUAACUCCAAAUUCUCAAGGUUAGUCAUUAACUCUGAAUGGUUAAGGUUAGGGUAGGGUUAAGGUAAGGGUUAAGUUUUUUGGAUAGGCUUAAAACCAAAAUUACUUUCUAUUGCUAGAUUUGAACUUCCAAUCUGAGGCAGAGGCUUAUCCACCAUUCCCUUCCACAACACCCUAGCAAAAUCAGUGUUCACUGUUGUCCCUAGUGGCCAGUUUCCACGUCAUCUCCCGUCGUCCUCAGACAUGGAUGGACGUUGAAUACUGACUUGUAUCACGGGUGACAUGGCUAAGCCAGUAUGGUCUGAGUUCACAACAAGUGUGUGAUGUCACUGAACUUAGCUGCAUCACUUCUAGCCAUGACCCUAUUUGAUCCUAUUGAGACAUGGGCCAUAGGUCAGUAGUGUGUGUGUUAAUCAGAUGCAUUCAUGUUGAAUGACUGUAAAUACUUCUAUAACAUGUACAGGAGAAACUGCAUGCUCUAGAUAAGCUUAGCUACAACCUAUUCUACUGCUACUAUAAUAAUCAUGUUUUAUGUCUGGAAUGAACAAAGAAUCAUAUUUUUGUACAAAGUGAUUCUGAUUUUGUUAUUGUCUAAAAGUUAUUUAAAUAAACUCUUGCCUGAUAAUCCUGAAUGAGUAUGGAGAGGUAGAGAGAAUGAGACAGAGAAAUAAAAAGUGAGU